AUGACGAUCACAUUUCAACUGCCGAUGCUGAAAGCAGAUAUCCCGCAAGAAGAACUUAACGCAGUCCUAACAGGGCUUAAAUGUCAACUCGCCUUUUCAUUUAAAAAGCGCGACGCUUCGCUCAAUGAUAAUGUUAAUCAAAACAUCAAAUGCUCGGCGUACUUUAUCGAACCAUUACAAUGGAUAAUUGAUGCGAGUCAAGGAGAAUUGGACGGCAAAAUUUUGUGCCCAAAGUGUUGUGCUAAAUUGGGUAAUUAUAGCUGGGCAGGAAUGCAAUGUUCAUGUGGCGCUUGGAUUACACCUUCAUUCUCAAUACAUCGUGAACGUGUCGACGAAGUAGUCACAAGGUCAAUCACACCGCCAACUUGA